UUUAAACGACCGAGCAGAGGAAGAAAUCAAUGGGAAGCGAUUACAGCGAGCAAAGUGGACUAAAAUGCGUUUUGAAAUCAUGAAGACCGCGAAGGUAAAACUGUGCGCGUCAGUGUGUAUGUGUCUUGGAAUAGUUACCUGGAUAGUAAAUGUGAAGUUGGAUUUUUGGUCCGUAGUUAUACAUCUGGGCACCGAACAGCCUCUUAAAGCCCCCGGAAUGCCCGUUGCAAAUGAGCAAAUAAACAGUGGCAAUCGACCAAGGCGUGCAAGAGCGCGCGAUGAAAAAAGUUUUGAUGUCCCCUCGUCAUCAAACACACAACUGGAUAACGUUAUUGAGCACCGAGUGUUUUGGAGUGCAUGGCUGGACGGUCUCUCGACUACGGUUUUCGACGAGGAGUAUGAGAGGAAGUGGAGGGAGCAGGUCCGGGACGCACGGGUAGUUUUACUCGAAGCGGGUUGCGGCAGACCCACUAACCGUCUGGCCAUUUUCGCCGACGGCAGCAGAGCAUGCGUGCGAUACGGCAUCGACGCGGAUCAAGUGCUGGGCGAAACACUCUCUUAUUAUCUAGCUAAAUUACUCGGAAUCUCCAAUCUUCCGCCCUUGGCUCUCUCCAAAUUGAACCUGUGCAGUGAGCAAUGGGCAAGCGUUAGCGGAAAUAUCGAGGCGUUAGAAUGGACUCCAGGUGCAAUUGUGUCUCUCACGAAGUUCCUCCCAAAUGUUACUGAAGCGUUCAUUCCAAUCCCUUUUCGAAAACUGCAAGGAAGAGGCCUGCCACCCUCCCCUGAGAGUCAAUCAAACAUGACAAUACCAUAUCUAGUAGAAUUGAUCCAAUGGACGGAUCUAAUUUUGUUUGAUUACCUAACAGCCAACUUUGACCGGAUUGUAAGUCACAUUUUCAGCCUCCAGUGGGACGCGCGCGUGAUGGAGCGGGCCACCAAUAACCUUCUCAAAACAAUCAGCGGAGAUUUGGUUUUCAUUGAUAACGAAGCAGGGCUUAUUCAUGGAUACAGAGUGCUUGACCUGUGGGAACGGUACCACAGAAUGCUGCUGAGUUCGUCGUGUGUGUUUAGGAGAAGUACAGCCCGGCGCAUAGCUGAGAUGAAGCGCUCCGGGAAUGCAGCAAAGCUGCUGUUUGAACUGUACCGCGCAAGGGAGCCGUUUGCACGCGAGCUGGGGUCUCUGUCUGAAGUGCAAGCGCUUACGUUGCAGAACAGGAUUGCUGUAGUUCACAAACAUAUUAAGCAGUGCACAGAAAGCAAGUAGGCUGUUUUUCCAAUUGGAGAUGCUACGACGUCACCUAUGAACUUAUUGUUGUCAGUACUGUUACAUGGUUAUCACACUGUAUGUGGCAUUCCUCUAAGAAUUGAGUAGAUUUAGUGAAUAAGGUCUCAGCAUAAAUGCACUAUUUAGUUUAUGGACUGAAACAUUCCCUUCCCAUAUGCUAGUCAGAAUAAUAUUUAAA